AUGGCCCCAAAGAAUAAGGCCAAGGCUGCUCCGAAGACGGAGCCGAAAACUAAGAGGGCCAAGUCCGGUGCCUUGGUGAUUGGAGAUGAUCCCACACCGGUGGAGAUGAAAUCCAGCAUUCAGAGGAUGCUGAAUCUUGUGAAGUACAAAGCCGACCCCGUGAGAAACAAGAGUGGGGAGUGCCAGAGCGAAGCCCAGCAAGUGCUGGAGGCCUACCGGCAGAUCGCCGACUCGGACCGAAAGGGAUUCAUCGCUGCCUACCAGAAGAAUGCCCUUAAGGACUUGAAGUGGGUGGGCCAGUACACCAAGAAGGUUGUGAAGGAGGAAGCCGAGGAGGAUGUCUCUAUCAAUGGCAUGAUGACAGCGACUCUUAGAUUUUAUUUUAUAUAG